ACUUUAGCCAUCUCUAUCUCUCUGGUCACUUACAGCUCACUAGAAGAAAGCAGCAGCUCUUUAACUUCACCAGCUUUUUGCUGGACUGUGUUACUUUUCCCUUGUGGUACUUGCAGCUACUUUCUUUUUCGUCUUCAUCACUAGUUUUGUUUUCUCUCAAACCAAACAUGCUCCACUGUUGUUUUUCUCUCAGAUAUCUUUUUCCUAACCCACUGGAAAAAUUUAGGGUUUUGUUCAGAAUAUCUGGUGGCUUUCUGGUAAAGAAGAUCAUAAAGUGUUGAACUUCUAACUCAAGCAAAAUGUUUGGCUUCUCUCGUAGACGCAUGAAACUUGGCAGAGUUAAGAAGGUACAGCUCUCGGAAACGACACUUGUGACUAGAAGUCCUAUUAGACCCCAGAAACGAAAUAACCAUCCCAAUAGUGAAGUCGUUGCCCCUACAACUAGUCAUUCUGAUGAGCUCGAUUGUCAGUGUUCAUCUGCUCCACAUGAGAUUAAUAACUCUACAUCAGCGAACUCCGAUAACUGGAUGGUGUUGUCUGUAUCUGGGGACAAACCAACGCCUCGUUUCAAUCAUGCUGCUACUGUGAUCGGUAACAAGAUGUUUGUGGUUGGUGGUGAGUCUGGAAGUGGAUUGUUAGAUGAUGUACAGGUGCUUAAUUUUGCCCAAUUUACCUGGACUGCAAUUUCAUCAAAGCUUUACUUGUCACCAAGCAGCCUGCCAUUAAAGAUCCCUGCAUGCAAGGGCCAUUGUCUGGUUUCAUGGGGGAAGAAGGCACUUUUAAUUGGAGGAAAAACAGAUCCUGCAAGUGAUAGAAUUUCAGUUUGGGCAUUUGACAUGGAAACAGAGUGUUGGUCACUUUUGGAAGCAAAGGGAGAUGUGCCGGUUGCUCGCAGUGAUCAUACAGUGGUCAGGGCAAGUACUGUUUUAAUUUUAUUUGGAGGUGAAGAUGCUAAAAGAAGAAAACUAAAUGAUCUACAUAUGUUUGAUCUGAAGUCUUUAACAUGGCUCCCUUUACAUUGCACAGGAACAGGACCGUCUCCGAGAUCGAACCAUGUGGCUGCUCUUUUUGAUGAUAAAAUGCUACUCAUAUUUGGAGGAGCAUCAAAGUCACGGACUUUGAAUGACUUGUAUUUCCUCGACUUUGAAACGAUGGUUUGGUCAAGAAUAAAGAUACGAGGUUUCCAUCCAUCUCCUAGGGCUGGUUGUUGUGGAGUUCUAUGUGGAACUAAAUGGUACAUUGCAGGAGGGGGUAGCAGAAAAAAACGACACUCGGAAACUUUGGUUUUUGACAUUUUGAAAGUGGAGUGGUCUGUAGCUUUUGCAGCAUCCCCAUCUUCUAUCACGACAAACAAGGGAUUUAGUUUGGUGCUUGUGCAACACAAAGAAAAGGAUUUUCUUGUUGCAUUUGGAGGAUCCAAAAAGGAGCCAACAAAUCAGGUUGAAGUUAUGGGUAUGGAUAAGAGUGAAUCAUCCAUGAGUCGACAAUUGGUUGCUAGUAAAGGUCCUGGCCCUAUUUUGUUUGGAAAAAAGUCAUUAUCCAUGGGGCUGGCUGCACAACUUGGUACUGAUUCUUCCCAGCGUUCAGUUGAAUCCCUUGCAAGACAAAAUUUGGCAUCUGCAGUUGAGCAGCAUGGUUCUGGUAGAAAAUCUUUGUCAGAGACACUUGCUGAUCCAAAUCCUGUUUCUGGCAAUGUCUCUCUGCGCAAGCAAUUUAUCGAGGAAGAACAUAGCACAGCUGUUAAGGUGGCAAAGAAUUCAGAAGAUGGAACCUUUUCAUCUCUGGCAAUGGAACACCGUAUAAAUCAACCUGAUGUGUCAAUUCAGACCAACAUAUCUAUAGGUAAAAUUAUUGCAGAGGAAAAUUCUUCUGUAUUUGAAUAUGAAAAUAUGAACUCCCAGAACCAAGGAAUUGGAAACCAUCCAGUUGAUAAUGAGGAUGUAUUAGUACCAGCAACAGAUGGUAUUACAGGAGGCUGCCAUUCAAGCAUGUAUCUAUUAUAUGAAACAAAAAUAACUGCACUAAUAAGAAAGAAUGGGGUUCUAGAGGGGCAACUGGCUGCUGCAUUGUCAAGUCGAGAUGCUGCAGAGAAAAAUCUAUCCUCUGUUCUGAAGAGUAAACAAGAGAUGGAAAAAAAGUUGGCAGACGCACUAAGGGAGAUGGAGUUGCUAAAAGAGAAGUUAGCUGGUAUAGAGCUAGCACAAGAAGAAGCCAACAGCUUGUCAAAUAUCGUCCAUUCCGACAACGUAAGGCUUGAGCAUGACGUGGCGUUUCUUAAGGCAGUUUUGGAUGAUACGCAGAAGGAACUUCAUUCUACCAGGGGAGUGCUCUCCGGGGAAAGGGCUAGAGCAUUCCAACUACAGGUUGAAGUUUUUCAUCUCAAACAAAGAUUGCAAUCCAUGGAAAACCGAGUUCCCACCCCUAGGAAACAAUUCAAUGUCUAGUAAUUGCAAAAAUAUAUGCUAGGUGACGAAAGAACAGAUGUGGUAGGAAGGGUCUCAAUAAUUGCCAGCAUUUUUUGUCACAUCAAACCUGUACCAAAAUGACAACCUUAUUUUGAUGCAAGCAUGCUGUUGUACAUGUAAUGGAGAAUUGUUAUUUAUUGUUAUUUGCAUAGCCCAAUGCCAAUGACCAUAAACAUGUCAUGAUGUUGUAACAUAUGUUAUGAUGUUAUAUCAUUGCGUACUGAAUAUUUUCUGUUUA